AUGUGGCCUAUUCAACAUCUCCCAACCGUUUCUUCCCUUUUGUUUCUCGCCACCGUACACAUUUCUUCGGCCCAAUUAUUGGUCCCGGACCCUAGCCAACUGAAUGGAACAUGGCAAUACAGCGGUUGUUAUGUGGAUGUUGGUCGGACGAUCAAUGCGGCCUCAACCACGUCAGACAACAUGACAGUAGAAGCUUGUAUUGAGUUCUGUGAUAACAGUGGAUUUGCCUACGCUGGGGCUGAAUACCACGACGAAUGCUACUGUGGGAGCGAGCUUGCCACUGGGGCCGAAGAGGUAUCAGAUUCAACAGAAUGCUCGACGAGUUGCUCAGGCAACGCCACCGAGGCUUGUGGUGGCCCUGACCGGUUGACACUGUUCUUCAAUCCAUAUAUCACAGGGCCUCAGCCCAAUGUUGGUAUCGCGAACUGGACACACAUUGGUUGUUAUUCCGAGGGAACUGCUGGCCGAGGUUUGACGUAUGGUGCGUCCGUCCCGGGUACGCAGAUGAACGCGGAAAAUUGCACGGCCGCAUGUCAAGUAGCUGGCUACAUACUUGCCGGAACAGAGUAUGGUGAUGAAUGCUAUUGUGGAAACUCUAUUUCAAAUGGCGCUGCGCCAGCUGAAGAUGGCUGCGAUAUGGCAUGUAAUGCCUAUCCGCAGGCCCAGACAUUGGAGGCCCACAGAAGAAAUGUCACGGGAAAUAAGUCAGAAGUAUGCGGCGGUUCCAAUCGCUUGAAUGUUUACGACUUCAAUAUGAAGUAUAUUCUUCCCAAAAGUAGUAGCUCCAGUUCUAUUGCCGCAGUGUUGUCUUCCACCGUUGGCAUAACGGUGGCUAGCAUCUCGUCUAUCAUCGUUACCUCGGCUACAUCAAAAAUCGCAGUCGUCGAUCCGACCACUAGCACAACCCUCGCCUCCUCUGCAGUUUCGACUCCGACCGCACCUGUACAACCUUCGACCGUAGGUACUUAUAAUUGGUAUGGCUGCCAGACCGAAGCAACUAAUGUACGAGCGUUGAGUCUCUUCACCUACGCCGACGAUGGGAUGACAUUAGACAGUUGCGAAGCUUUUUGCAGCGAUAAAGCGACGACAUACUUCGGCGUCGAGUAUGCUCGCGAGUGCUAUUGUGGUAAUGAUUUUGGGAUGGGUUCGGUUAGUGCUCCUGCGAGCGACUGCAGCAUGCUUUGCGCUGGAGAUCAGUCGGAAUAUUGCGGAGCUGGCAAUCGAUUGUCUGUCUACAUCAAAAAUGGAACUUCUAUCUCGACAUCUACUACUAGCACAUCGAGCGGUACGGACCCAACGGGGAGUGAUCCAGCAACACCUGAGACCACUGGGUUCCCCGAUGGUUGGACCUAUCAGGGCUGCUGGCAGGAUGGUCCUAAUGGGCGUAUCAUGCCGACCUACCAAGCCCCCGACGACCCGGCGUUAACACCGCAGAAAUGCGCGCAAGUCUGCUCAAGUAACGGGUAUAAUAUAUCCGGUACCGAGUACUAUACGCAGUGCUUCUGUAGUAAUGCUAUCUACAAUGGUGGAGUGCCAGAUAACGAUGCGACCCAAUGCUCAACCCCUUGUGGAGGUGAUAGCAGUGUAAUGUGCGGUGGCCCCGGAUACCUAAGCAUUUAUUCAAAUGGCAAGCCGCCUAUAUAUUCAGCUCCUGCCCCGAAAACUGAUGUCGCCAAUUGGACGUAUCAGGGCUGUUAUGAAGAUAACGUCAACAAUGCGCGAACUCUCUUCUGGCAACUUACCUUCCCCGGUACUAUGACCCCUGAACAAUGUCUAUCUAAGUGUGCUUCUUUCGGCUAUGCUGCUGGUGGUUUGGAGUACGGUGAUGAGUGCUAUUGCGGCGACCCAAUGGAUGUCGAUGCUUCGGGUUCUAUGAAAAUGCCGGAAAGCGAUUGCAAUGUCGUUUGUGUUGGAGAUGCUUCUGCGAUCUGUGGAGGUGGUGCGCGUCUUUCGAUAUACUAUUGGACUGACACGGACAAUCCUCUCUACGUGUUUAACUACCCACAGGGGAACGAUGCGGGCACAUACUCCAACUUAGUCGGUGGUGUUGUCACUCCUUUAAUGACUAUGCAGUCGAUUACUGGUAAGGUCACUUUUCUGGAGAAAUGGGGAACCGGUGCGGCAAAUAGCACAGGCGCAUACGAACUUGACCUUACUCAGCUUGGGAAUUUCGACGCUGCUUGGAGGACUAUGCACGUAAAGACGGAUAUAUUCUGCUCCGCGGGUCUGAUCCUUCCUGACAAGGCUGCACGCCAGCUCACCGUAGGUGGCUGGUCCCUUGACUCAACCUACGGUAUUCGUCUAUAUGCCCCUGAUGGCUCCGAUGGCGUGCCGGGAACCAACGACUGGGAGGAAAAUGUGAACGAGCUUAAACUGCAGAGAGGACGAUGGUAUCCUAGCGCGAUGGUCAUGACGAAUGGAUCUAUUCUAGUCGUGGGCGGAGAGAUUGGCUCGAAUGAUAAACCCGAACCUACUCUUGAAAUUCUCCCUCAAGUCGGCCCCUACCUUUACAUGGACUGGCUAGAGCGUACCGAUCCAAACAACCUGUACCCGUUCCUAGCAACCCUUCCCGGCGGUGGUAUUUUCGUUUCGUACUGGAACGAAGCUAGGAUAUUAGACGCUGUCACCUUCAACACAGUGAAGACUCUGCCCAACUUACCUGGAGCCGUCAACGACGACCUGGGUGGCCGGACCUACCCCCUCGAGGGUACAUCUGUCCUGCUUCCCCAGUACGCUCCCUACACCGACCCUCUCGGCAUCCUCAUCUGCGGCGGCUCUACCACCGGCCACUCCGCCAUAGACAACUGCGUGACAACGUACCCCGAAGUCGCCAACCCGACAUGGACGCUCGAACGCAUGCCCUCCAAGCGCGUACUCAGCUGCAUGGCGCCCCUGCCCGACGGAACGUACCUCAUCGCCAACGGCGCGCACGAAGGCAUAGCCGGGUUCGGGCUCGCCGACGACCCGAACUACAACGCGGUGCUGUACGACCCGACAAAACCCGUCGGGUCCCGCAUGUCCGUCAUGGCCAACACGACCGUCGCGCGCCUGUACCAUAGCGAGGCCAUCACGCUGCUCGACGGGCGCGUGCUGAUUACGGGCUCGGACCCCGAGGACGGAAAGCACCCGCAGGAGAUCCGCGUCGAGGUGUUCACGCCACCGUACCUGCUGAACGGCAAGUCGCGCCCGGCCUUCUCCGUCGCGAACAAAGACUGGGGGUACGGCGAAAGCGUCGCUUUCGAGCUCGGCAGUAGCGCGGGUGGGACCCUGAAAGUCUCGCUUCUCGGCGCCGUGUCCAGCACCCACGGCAACUCGAUGGGCGCGCGCACGCUGUUCCCGGCUUUCAGCUGUGGCGGCACGGCGUGUACGGUUACGGCGCCGCCGAAUGUGAAUAUCGCCCCGCCGGGCUGGUACCAGAUGUUCGUCCUCGAGGACGGCGUCCCGGCCGUCGGCACGUUUGUUAGGAUCGGGGGAGACCCCGGGAUGCUUGGGAACUGGCCCCCUGGGGACGACUUCACGAGGCCGGGGGUCUAA